UUACCCCUUGGGUUCACAAAUUGUCAAACGCGAUUUUUACGUAGAUGACCUGAUCUCCGGAGGAAAUUCAGUUGAAGAAGUACGCGAGAUGAUGCAUCAAACCACCAGUCUCCUUGCCCGUGGAAAUUUUCAUCUCCGGAAAUGGUGCUCCAACAACCCAGACGUUCUUCAUCACAUUUCUGAUGCAGAAAGGGAAACCUUCCUUAAAUUCGAUGACGGUAGCAAUAUUACGAAAACGUUGGGACUCACAUGGGAUCCUUUUAAAGAUAAUUUGUUGUUUUCCUUAGCGCGACACCUUGGAGGCACCAGAAAUUCUAAACGGUCUGCACUAUCAACAAUAGCUCGCUGUUACGACCCGCUAGGUUUAAUCGGCCCCACCCUGACUAGGGCGAAAAUUCUGUUGCAGCGAAUGUGGAGAGACAAGCUCGAAUGGGACGAGAGUUUACCGCUCUCACUGGACACAGAUUGCCUGGAGCCACUCAUGAACUACAUGCAUUUUGCGAUGCUAGUCUCGAAGCAUUCGGUGUUUGUGUCUAUGCGCGUUCAGUCAAAGAUGACAACGCUCAAGUUCAUCUUCUUUGUUCAAAGGCUCGUGUUGCCCCUUUGAAGACGCUAACAGUACCUAAACUGGAGCUUUGUGCCGCCGCCUUACUCGCACAAUUAAUUAACGAAAUAACAAAAUUGAAGCUUUUCGCGAGUCGUUGUUAUUGCUGGUCAGAUUCAUCUGUGGUAUUAUCCUGGUUACAAGAAGAGCCGUCAAAAUUUAACGUAUUUGUCGCCAACCGAGUAUGUGCCAUACAACAACUCACAGAAGGUAUGCAGUGGCGUUACGUCCCCACCUCUUUGAAUCCUGCUGACAUCUUAUCUAGGGGAGCCGCUCCCCGAGAACUCUCACAAUCAAAUUUGUGGAAGCAUGGACCCCCGUUCCUGCAAGAAGAAAUGUGUAAUUGGCCGAAGUCUAUUGUGCCUCAAACUAAACUCCCGGAAGUUCGUCAAAAGGUCCUGGUAUCCAUGAAUAAUCGAAUCGACAUCUCGCUUUCCUUUAAGUACAUCAACUCCUUCACCAAGAUGCAACGCAUAUUUGGAUACGUACACAAGUUCAUCACCACUGCAAGAUCGUUAAAAUCAUCACAUCUUACAUCCGAAAAUAUACAUCUUGGAACUCAACUGCUAAUUCGCAUUGUUCAAAGAGCUCAGCUUUGGCCAGAAUACAUUGCCUUGAAACAAAAUCGAUGCGUACAUUCGUCGAGUAGCAUUUCGUCUCUAUCGCCGUUUCUAGAUGAUUUUGGUUUAGUUCGAGUUGGUGGUCGCCUAAGAAAUUCAACCCUUAGUUUCGAAGCGCGGCAUCCGAUCAUCCUUCCGAAAGAUCACCCAUUAACAUCAGCCAUAAUCAUGCAUUUUCAUAGAAAGAAUUGCCACGCAGGCCCACAGUCAUCACUUGCGGCAAUUCGAAUGCAGUUCUGGCCUAUCGGUGGUAGGAAAACUACUGCGCGUACCCUACAAAAAUGUGUUAUAUGCUGCAGGUCAAAACCAAAACUUUUUGAGCACAUCAUGGCAGAUUUGCCGAAGGAGCGCAUUCAGGCCUCACGAGCCUUCAUCGUCACAGGAGUGGACUACUGCGGUCCAUUUUAUUUCAAACCCGAAACCCGCAACAAGUCACCCCAGAAAUGUUACAUCAGUGUUUUCAUCUGUUUCGCAACCAAGGCCGUGUGGAUGGAGCUAGUGAGGGACCUUUCAACAGGUGCUUUCUUGGAAGCUCUCAAGCGAUUUACGGCAACACGCGGCAUGCCAAGUUGUAUUUGGUCAGACAACGCAACCAAUUUCGUAGGCGCUAAGAACGAGUUGAGGGACCUAAAACGCUUACUCCUAAGCGAAGAGCACCGCAGCAAGGUUCACGUUCACUGCCUCAACAAUGGCUUCGACUGGCGAUUCAUACCACCUCGUUCACCACAUUUCGGCGGCUUGUGGGAAGCCGCAGUAAAAAUGGCUAAACAGCACCUGUACCGCACUCUUGGCUCUGCAAUUCUUAGUUUCGAUGAACUACGUACUUUGGUAUGUCAAAUCUCUGCUAUAAUUAACUCUCGACCUCUUGUACCUCUUUCAGAAAAUCCAGAAGACCUUGAUGUUUUAACUCCAGGUAAUUUUCUUAUUGGCGGCCCGCUUACAGCUGCUCCUGAGCCUAACAUCACUCAUUUGAACUACAAUCGACUCGGUCACUGGCAGCGUGUCACAUACUUCCAACAAUUAUUUUGGAAACGAUGGAGCGAAGAAUACCUCACUCUUCUUCAACAAAGAGCAAAAUGGCGCACCCCUCACCCUAAUGUGCAAAUCAACGAUAUUGUAUGCAUUAAAGAUGAAAAUUCAGCACCUCUUAAGUGGCCUCUUGCGCGCGUCAUCGAAGUCAUUACUGGUGAGGACGGUGUUGCACGAGUAGCUGUUCUACGUACAUCCACUGGCCUUACACGUCGAGCUGUUACUAAAUUGUGCCUCCUUCCGACUAAGGAAUCAGUUGAAAGCCCUGAACUUUCAACGGAGGGGAGGAUGUUGGGAGCAGCACCUAAUUUACAUGACUAA